AAAUUAACCUUCCUAUUUCCAAUUUCCGACGAAUGAUUCGUUGGCGGAUAUUUACAUAAAACGCAUUAUAUUUAGUUAUCUGAUUUGAAUUACAUAAGAUGAAGCCGUUUUCGUUGUCAUCAAGUUUGCUGUCUUUCAUCAUUGUUCUCUUAGUUGUAGGAUAUUCCGAGUCGUACAGAUCCUACAGAUCUUAUUACUCGUAUAGAUCUUACAGAUCUUACAGAUCCUAUAGCUCUUACCGGUCCUAUUAUAAUUAUGGGUACUACAGUUAUGACAAUAAUGAUUCUGCUUCGAAUUCCACGAACGCGGGUAUAAUAGUAGGUGGAGUGGUUGGUGGUGUGUUUGGUAUAUGUUUGUUCCUAUAUUGUAUUAUUUAUUGUCACGCCAAAUGCAGGAAAAGGACGGGGACGGGAAGAGCAGUAUUUGCAACAACUGGUAUUUCAACUAUAGGAAGCCCAAUAAUAUAUCCUGCAGUUCCAGCUUAUGAUGGAGCGGCAUAUCAGCCAGAAGGAGAUGUAAACUUUAACUACCCACCACCACCAUAUGAAGCUGUCGCCACAAACAAUGUUUACCCAAGUAAAAUUAAAAAUGACGAUUUAACAAGUAACGUUGAAAAUAUCGAUUCAACAAGUAACGUUGAAAACGUCGAUUCCACAAGUAACGUUGAAAAUAUCGAUUCAACAAGUAACGUUGAAAAUAUCGAUUCAACAAGUAACGUUGAAAAUGACGAUUCAACAAGUAACGUUGAAAAUGUCGAUUCAACUAGUAAAGCGGAUUUAGUCAAUAAUGAAGUUCAACCGCAGUGAUCAAAAUUAGAAUGUCCCUGAGAAAAAAUAAAUGUAUAUGCACUUGUGUGUUUUUAGGAAUAUAUUUUCUAUUGAAAUAACCUGUUUGCUGAAUUUUGAUAGGGUGUUACUAUGUUAUAUUUUAUUAAAAAAAAUAUUUAUAAUACACCAAUGUUUUGUUAAGUUGUA